GGCGCCAGCACUGGCGCUGUCGUCGUUGUGACGUCGAACCAUUUUCUCAUUUUUUCUCGACGCAUCUAGAACCUUCUUGUUCGUCUGGUGAGCGUAUACAUAUAUACGUACCGCACGCAGACUGAGAUAGUUGAUGUUGCUAAGUGAUUGAAGGAUACCUGUGAUAAGUCUCUCACUGAAGCUACACACAGUUUACCAUGGGCAAAGACUACUACAAGAUACUUGGCAUAAGUAGGAACGCCGCAGAUGACGACAUCAAGAAGGCGUACCGAAAGCUCGCAUUAAAGUACCACCCGGACAAGAACAAAACGCCCGAAGCCGAAGAAAAGUUCAAAGAAGUCGCCGAGGCCUACGAGGUGUUGAGCGACAAAAAGAAAAGGGAUGUUUAUGACAAAUUUGGCGAAGAAGGUCUGAAGGGUGGAUCCGGUGGCGGCUCUGGCAUGGGAGGACCCGGCCAGACGUUCACAUACACUUUCCACGGCGAUCCGAGGGCGACGUUCACGCAGUUCUUCGGCACCGAUAACCCGUUCGAGAACUUCUUUCAAAGCUUCGGCGGUGGUCCUCCCGGUGGCAUGAACAUGUUCUUCGGAGGCGACGACGAAAUGGAACUGGACGGCGACCCGUUCGGCAUACCUAUGGGACGCCCGGGAGCGAAUCCGUUUAGGUCGCAAAGUUUUACGGCGGGGAGCCGCGGUCCGACGAAGCAGCAGCGACAAGAUCCCCCCGUGGAACACGACUUGUACGUGACGCUCGAAGAGGUGUUGAAAGGUUGCACGAAGAAGAUGAAGAUCAGCAGAAAGGUUGUGGGACCCGACGGAAAGACCUCGAGAAGGGAAGAGAAAGUGUUGACGAUCAACGUGAAGCCCGGCUGGAAGGCGGGGACAAAAAUUACGUUUCAGCGGGAAGGAGACCAGUCGCCCGGAACGAUACCUGCCGACAUUGUGUUCAUCAUCAGGGACAAACCACAUCCUCAGUUCAAGAGGGAGGGCACCGAUGUUCGCUACACCGCCAAAAUAACGCUUAAGGAGGCGCUCUGCGGAUGUCGCAUCGAGAUACCGACGUUGUCGAAAGGACGCAUCAUGCUCAACUCGUCGGACAUCCUCAAGCCCAACACCGCAAAGCGUAUACAAGGACAGGGUCUACCCUUCCCAAAAGACACUUCGAAACGUGGGGACUUGAUAGUCAGUUUCGAUAUCCAGUUCCCUGAAACGCUAACGGAGACUGCAAAGCAGAUACUGUUCGACACACUGCCUCCCCACACGGUCAACUAACGAGCCCUUUAGCGGCUUGUUCUUGUAAAUUAUGUAAAUAUAGUCACGUGCGUAAGACCUUGUUACAUCGUUUUUCUUCCGUUUGUACAUACGUAUGUUGAGCAAAGCUUUGCUGCUGUAAAUAAAACACAUUGUUUACUCUGUA